AUGGCGGUUCGGCUCGCGGACUAUUUUGUCGUGGUCGGUUUCGACCACACCAAAGAAAGAUCAGGAAGCAGCCAAGGCGCUAUCCAACAGCGAUACCCCGUAACCGAUUGGCCAGAUGUGCCCUUCAUACAAGGUAUCGACACCUUUUGCCAGCCUCAGGGCUGGUCCUUGGCGAACCAACCCGCGAAGCCGACGUUUUUCGUGGCGGUUCUGACCGACAUCAAUGGCAAUCGACAUAAUGCGGCUAUUUUCGCGUUCACGGAGCCCGUUGCCCUCGCUCAGGAUCACGAGAGGCAUUCCUUAACAUACGCUCCUCGGUGUCUCGUUUUGAUCGCUCGUCACGCCCAUAUUAAUAUCCUGAGGCAAUGUCUGGGAUUGAUAUACACAGCGCACGUAGAUCGACUCCAGGCUCCGUUGGAGACCUUGAUUGGGAACAUGCUGGGAGCGGUCACGAUUCCUCCACCGGGCUCACCUCCCCUCCGAUUUUCCUUAGGAGCUGGAGAUCUGCAGGUCAUCGAGCCGAGGAAGUUCGCCGCUGUCCCCGUCACCGGGACCAGCGUUUUUUCAUUAUUCUCCCGUCUCUCUGCACACAACGUUGUUCAACUGCUCUGUGCCGCCAUGGCUGAAUUCAAGAUCGUGUUCUUCUCCCAGAGCUAUAUGCGAUUGCAUCAAUCGUGCCACGCGAUCAUCUCGCUGAUGUAUCCGUUCAAGUACACGCACGUAUACAUACCGUUGCUGCCGUCGGCCCUCAUCGAGGUCUUGAAUACGCCGACACCGUUUAUUAUGGGAUGCCACGCGUCGCUCCGAGGAGAAAUUCUCGACAUCUAUGACGUCAUGAUGGUGGACCUGGACAGUGGAUCGCUCGACGUGCCCCAGUGUGUCACGAUUCCCAAACUGCCGGACUCCCUCCAGCAGAGACUCCAUGCAGACCUCUGCAUGAUCUUGCAGCCAGACUUACUCAUAGCGGAUGAAGCGUUCGCCUCGGAACUUGCGACGAACACUUCCCGGGACCCGAGCGUCUUACGAGACGAUCCAGCCGUGCUGGACAAACAGAUUCGCGCAGUUUUCCUGAGAAUUUUCGCACAAAUGCUACAGGGGUACCGGUGUUGUUUGACCGUGGUCCGCAUCCAUCCGCGACCAUUGAUCGUUUUCAAUAGAUCUGCGUUCCUCAGUCGCGAGGCCAAGAACAAGUCGGAGUUCGUCGAGAAACUUCUGAACUGUAUGUUUUUCCAACAAUUCGUUGUGGAUCGUGGACCUCCGUACCGAGUGUGCGAUCUCUUCGACGAGGUCUACGUGGAGAUGCAACAUCUCAUCAAGAGUCGCGAGCACCAUAUUCAAGAUAUCGCCAAACUAUUGUACGAGAACGAGCAUCAUGGCUCGCAAUUUCUGCAACGAGUACCUCAGCCGACCCAAGGAGCCUUCACACGCAUCCACCAACCCGCCUUCCCCCCUCUCGUGGCUCCUCAGAUCACGGCAAUCAUUGAGCAGAGUGCGGCGAAGUCGAACGGAUCUUCGAACUCUAAGAGCGAAAUUGGUCGCAUCGUACCCAACGCUGGCAUGACGACGAGAUCCGUGAGCGGGGUCGAGCGGAAACUCGACGUCCUACGCAAUUGUGUCAAGUGUAUUUUCGACAAGAACCUCUCCGAGGCACGUAAAUGCAUUCCGGGUGUAAUACGAGCGUUUGAGAACGGAGCUUACCGCGCAGCCUUGGCCCACGAGCUCCAGCGCUACGUGACCGGCAACUUCAGAGUAGAGCUCGAACUCAGCCAAUUUGACCUUGUGGUGCGACUCAUGAACUGCGCACUCCAAGAUGAUCCCAAUACUCACGUCGAUACAAUCGGCAUCGCAAUCCUCCUCCUGCCGCUCACGCAGACUUUCUGCAGACGGCUGGCCACGAAUGUGGUUCAGUUUGCGUAUACGUGUCUCCAAGAUCACGCCGUCUGGCAGAGCAUGGAGUUCUGGGAAGCGGCUUUCCAUCAAGACGUCGAACGCAACAUCAUCAUGUUAUACCAGGAGAGCAAAGACUUCCCGUCUGUCGCUUUGGAGCUAUGCGCCACUCAGAUGAAAUUAUCACAAGGGAACACCGACAAGUUCCAGACUGAUACUCAUAAUCAGCGGGAGGAACAGACUCUGUACAGCCAGGCAGUGGAGUAUAUUUACCUCAUUACCUGUCUGAGGAUUCCUCCAGAUGUCAAAUCGCAGAGACAUAAUGUCAGUAACAAUAAAGCAGCCGGCAGUGAGAGCAACUCGAUCUGCGAUACCGACUCCAUUGACGGGGAGAGCUCCUUUGCGAACGAGGACGAUUCUUCGAAUAUUCUGCGUCAAGGAGUCAUUAAAUUCAUCGCCCGGUUCAUCGACAAGGUUUGCACUGACGCCUUUGUCACCGAAGAGCAUAUGCGACAACUGCACUCGAUGAUACCUCAGCGCGUCGAUAUGCAACUCGAAGACAUGAGAGCCGUUCAUCGAGAAAGCGAAAGACUGCCACCAGUUCUGAAAGCCAAGAUUCAACAGCCCUGUCUUUUGUCGGGAGAGACAUUCAUCGCCGAAGAAAUCAGAGCCUACCUCCUUCCGGAUGGACGCCAGGAAGAUUUAGUGAUGCCUCUCAUACCUUCCGAGGGUGCACUCUUCGUCACAAAUUAUAGGAUAAUAUUCAAGGGGACUCCUAUAGAUCCGUACCUUUGCGAGCACAAUGUGAUUCGAGCUUUCCCCAUCGCGAGUCUCAGUAAAGACAAGAAGAUUGCGUUUCCGAAAGACCUCAACAUGGAGCAGUGCCACAGUGAUUGCUUACAACUCAGGUCUCACACGUUCGAAUUGAUGAAGAUCGCCGUUGACCUCGAGGUUCCGCCAGAGAAGAUUGACUUAUUACGCCAGCAAUGGCAAAGCGCAGGACUUUUCGCACUUUCGAAAGGCCAGAUACCGGUUGUGCCCAAGCUCAAAGAGAAGCAUCACACGCUUCGAUUUAAGAAAAAGAUGUUCCAGACAGCCGUUAAAGCAGGAAUUUCUAAGGGACGAAGUUAUGCUGCGACACUCACCCAAACUCUACCAAAUGAUCGAACCAUACUCGCAACUCUCCCUGACGAGGGUCCCUUCAGCAUGGCUCCCUGGGAAGCCACGCUGAGUAAAGACUAUCAGCGUUUGCAGCUGAACGGUCAGAACGGGCUCCUUAGCGUCGGACACGUACACACCCUUUGUAAGAGCUAUCCCCCAUUAGUUGUUGUGCCUUCGUCUGCGAACUCGGAUCGUCUCCAAAAAGUAGCCAAGUGCUAUCGUCACGGUCGUUUCCCGGUCGUAACGUGGAGACAUCCGACAACGAAAGCUUUGCUCCUCCGAGGCAGUGCUCUACAUGGGAAAGGGAUCGCGCACCGUAUUGGGGCUCAGGGAACUCAGGGAGAGACUUCGAUGUGGAUCGAGCAGGAGAAAUAUAUCGGGACCAUAAUCGCUGGUGCCAGUCAUUGCAUGACGGCAUCGGGUACCCUUACGAACGGUUCGUUCUCGCGAUCGAACGCACAUCGUUGGUCCGGCGGAAAAUCGUUCACGUAUAGACCGCCCCAUAGGGAAAGCAUAUCGGAUAGACACUCACUUUCCAGUAUGCUAUCGAGCUCAGAUAACGAUAGCCCCAGCUUCUUCAAUAGGGCGGCGCUCUACAUAGUGAGCGAGAAAAGCCAGACACGGGGUGUCAAAGCCCCACACAACUCAGACUUCAUACCGGUGGAUCCAUUUGAAGUUGCCAAGGUUCGCACUGCUUUCAAGCAGCUCUGCAGCGCGGUAUGUCCAGCGACUGUGGACCCCAAUCUGAAGCUGAUGACUAGGAUUGAAGAAUCCGGCUGGCUUCAGCUCAUCCAAGAGCUUCUCUACCACACGAAAAACUUCGUGGAUCUUAUGCACGAAGACGGAUCGUCGGUGGUUUUAUGCCUCGAGGAGGGUUGGGAUGUCACCUGUCAGCUCUCUGCCCUCACUCAACUUUGUUUGGAUCCGCACUACAGGAAAAUUGACGGAUUCUGCACGCUAAUCGAGAAAGAAUGGCUAGCUUUCGGACAUCGAUUCGCGCUCCGGGGAAAUAUAUCUCAGCAGUCUUCGGCAUUUACACCGAUAUUCCUCCAAUUUUUAGACUGCGUCCAUCAACUCCUGAUUCAGUACCCGACCUCCUUCGAAUUCAACCAGUUCUAUCUCCGCUUCCUCGCGUACCACAGCGUUUCGGGACGAUUCCGCACGUUCAUAAACGACGGAGGAGUCGCUCAAUCUGUCGAAGUCGAUUCCGAAGCUCCUGACCUAUUCGAAUACAUCCAGAAGGUUCACUCGAACGCUCCAAUUUUCCACAACUAUUGGUAUACGGCCGAGCUGGAUGAGGUCUUGAAGCCGCAGUACCUGAUGGCGAAUCUCGAAGUUUGGGAAUACUAUCUCGAGGACCAUCUUUCGAACGCCUCUCCUUACGAGUUCGAAAUCGUUCUGGCAGAGAACGAAACGCAAUCGGAAGAUAAAGACGAGGAGUCGACGUCAGAGAACCGCGCUUCUCAAUAUCAGCGCAGAAUCAACAUGAACGGAUACAAUCAUAGCGUACAGGAAGAAGCGUCCUUCCCUUUGCUCCUGGAAGAACUUCGCAAAGCCGAACUCGAGCUCGCGAGGACGCCUCAGAAGUGGAAACAAGUCUGGAAUAGAUUGGAAGCUCAGAAUCUCCCAGUGCCCGCACCCACGGGCAUCUUCGGAGCUUGUGGGGUGGCCAGGGGUCUGCUAAGUCCAUCUGCUAUGGAUCUUGGUGCUUCGAUAGCUCGCAAGGUCGACGUCCUUGUCCGAGGCUUCAGUAACAAGGACAGUAGUCACGCGCACCGUUUCGAAAGGCAUUACUACAACACCCCCACGUACUGUGACCAUUGUUCGAAGCUCCUACUGGGUCUGGUUAAACCCGGCAUGAAAUGCUUGGACUGUGGUUACAACUGCCACGACAAAUGUCACGACGUGGCUCCCUCCAAUUGCACCAAGGUCAAGCAGAAGGAAUCCGCGCUGAUCUCCCAGCCACCCUCAAAUCCAAUACUUCCACUGGUGGAAUCGACUGCGGCGUAUGAUCAGCUCACGUCCCGAAUCAUAGAGACAAAAACAUUCGAAGGUUAUCUGUCGAAACGAGGAGCCCUUCUAAAGGGUUGGAAGCAGCGCUGGUUUGUCCUCGAUUCCACGAAGCAUCAGCUGAGGUAUUACGAAGGUCAUGAAGACCAUGCGAAUCGCGGCGUCGUCGAACUAAGUGAAGUACUCUCCGUCAGUCAGCACGGGGAGACCUUCGAACUUCGCACUCGCAGUCGAACUUACGGCCUCAUGGCCGACAACGAGAAGAAGGCCCAGGAGUGGGUUGAGAAAAUCCAAUCAUGCCUACAAUAG